AUGGGCCAAAAAAAGGGGUUCAGUUUGGAAUAUGCCAGAAAGAAACUCUCUGGCAGUCGUUUUCGAGACCUAAACGAGAAGCUGUAUAUGCAAUAUGGAGAAGAUUCAUUUAAAUUGUUCACAGAAAAUCCGCAACUUUUUAUCACUUAUCACGAGGGAUUUACUAGGCAGGCAAGCACAUGGCCCUGCAAUCCACUAGAUUUUCUUAUCAAAAAGUUAAGGAGGCAAGACCCCAAAUUAGUGAUAGGAGAUUUUGGUUGUGGUGAAGCAAAAAUUGCCAAGAUUUUUGCCAAGAGAAAAAUUCACUCAUUUGACUUGGUAGCUAUUAAUAGCAGUGUCAUAGCAUGUAACAUAGCAAACUUGCCUCUGGAAGAUUCGAGCUUGGAUAUCGGAAUAUUUUGUUUAUCACUCAUGGGAAAAGAUUGGCCUUCAUUCAUUUCAGAGGCUUCUCGGUGCAUAAAGAUUGGGGGUCACCUAUAUAUAGUAGAAGUAUUGAGCAGGUUGAACGACAAGGCCAAGUUUAUAAAGUUUGUUUGCAAGUUUGGGUACAAAAUUAAUGAAUCCAAGAAUUUAGGGAAGGAUUUUUUCAUAUAUUUGCAGUUUAAUCGUGUGGCUAUUGUUGAUAUUGAUGUGGGCGAGUCUGAUUUGUUGGCACCAUGCAUGUAUAAGAAAAGGUGA